AUGCCUUCCAUCGUGCGAAGUCCUUCCCGACUCUCUACCCUGCCUCGUGAGCUUCGCGUGAAGAUCAUUGCGUCAGUCACAUCUUCCGAUGAGAUACCUCGUGCAUGGUUCCAGUACCGCCUAGUCUCAAAGAGCUUCAAGGACGAUGUCGAGGAUGCCUUCCGGACUGCUUUCCUGAAACGUCUGGUCGUCUACUAUCCCCUCUACCACCUCGAGCUCGGACUCGUGUGUCUCGAACUCAGCUUCGAGAAGAUAAGUGGUGAUCGCGUUGUUUUCAGCAGAGUUGGAAACGAGGAAGACAAGCUCAUCCCGUACUACGAGGGCAAGAGCGAAGAAUGGAGCACAUUGCGGCGUCGGCACUGGGAGCGAACUCUCCCACAGUCGGCUCCGGGCCAGGCUGGACAUUUCGUCAUCUUGGAUUCCUCUAUCAUCAUCGAUUCUGAGCUGCCGGCAUUGGAGGUCAAUUACAGGAAGCUUGAGAUAUUGUUCCAGUGGAAGCAAAUAUGGAACAAUUUCUGCGGCGAACUUCAGUACAUAAGUGGUCGACUACCACGAGAGACCAAUGACUGCCUGCCCAGCGAUAAUCACCACGGCAACCCUCAUGCGUGGGAUUACCUUGUCGCAAGACGUGCCCGCUGGGAGCGGACUCUGGAAGAAAAUUGCGGCAUGCACUGGAGUCCUAUGCACGAAUAUGUUUUAGAGUGUAUGAUAGGUUGUCUGGCGGCGAAAUGCACCCUAACAAAGUAUAUGUCCCGAGCGCAGCUGAUCAAGAGACUUCGAUAUCGUGAAGAACACACGGACAGAAGAGCGGCAGACCAAGUGUAA